AAGAGUAAACAAAUACCAGGCGAAAAGAAACGGUCGCCUCUGUGUGUGUGUGUGUGUGAAUGGUGGGGAAGGAGCUCCGCCUUGUCAUUCCUCCACCUACCUAAUCUCUGAAAUUUCAGCGAUCUCUUGCUCUUCAAUCCUCACACCCACUCUCGAAACUUCUCUCACAUCAGUUGUUGAAGGUGGAGAAGGUGCGAAAGAGAGAAAAAGAGAGGGAUUUGUGGUUGUUGAAGGUUUAUAAGGUGAGAGAGUGGGGAGGGGUUUUGGGGACUGUGUGAUGUCUUGUGGGGGAGAGGAGGACAAGCAAUGGAGUUGCGGAAAAGCUGGAGCGGUGAAUUUGCUGAAAGUGAGUUCAAUUGUGCGUGACAUUGGCGAGCCCUGCCUCUCUCAAUCGCCCAUAAAGGUUGUUAUAGCUGUUAGCAAAAUGCUUAGGCCAGAAAAGUGGCAGGCAACUUUUGAUAGUGAUGGGAAGGUUUUUAGUUUCCAAAAGGCACUCAAGUUGAUUGUUUUGGGGGGUGUGGAUCCAUCUAUAAGGCCAGAAGUUUGGGAAUUUCUACUUGGUUGCUAUGCACUAGGCACCACUGCCGAGUACCGGAGGCAACUGCGGACAGCCCGGAGGGAACGUUACAAGGACCUGAUUAAGGAGUGCCAAAUGAUGCAUUCAAGUAUAGGAACUGGUUCACUUGCCUAUGUUGUGGGUUCCAAAGUCAUGGAUAUGAGGACAUCCUCUAAAGAUGAAAGGAGAAGAGAACCUAAAGUGGAAAGUAGAAAAGCUUCUACUGAUAAUACUAAAUAUUUAGGGAAUGAUUGGAAUAACCAUUGUACAGUUACAUCAUAUACAUGCCAAAGGGAAAGCUCUAGCAAUUCGGCUGACCUUGUCAGCGUGAGGGGAAGCACAGAUAGUGGAGCAUAUGACUCGUCUUGUUACAUACCUACUUCUGGUCCAUACAACUGCAGUUCCCCACAAAUAGGGAGAGAAGCAGAUGGAUCACAGUACGCACCUGAAGAUUGUUUUGAUUUUCCUCUUUUACCUGUCACUGAUUUGUUUGAGAAGAGUGGAGAAAAUAAAAAAUCAUGUGAAUUGCUUGACGAUAAUUCUACACAGCAUACACUGAGAUUUAAAGAUGACAGAAUGCACAGUUUUCAAAUUAAUAACAACGAAGAUCUUAUUAUAGAAUCAAAUGGCUCGCCAUCUUGCAAUAUCUCUCAUUCUAAUGACUCUGAGAUUCAAGUGGUUCGUCCUGAUGCCCAUGAAUCAAUAUUGCUGUCCAAUAAUAUGCUGGACGGAACAGAAAUGGUAAAUCAAUUGAGAAUAUCGGAUGUACCACAAAAGGAAAUGAUAAAUUCAACCACAUCUCAACGGGGGACAGCAAGUGAAAACAGAGUAUCGGAAUGGCUUUGGACUCUGCACCGCAUAGUUGUUGAUGUUGUAAGAACAGAUAGUCAUCUUGAAUUCUAUGAGGAUACAAGAAACUUAGCUAGGAUGUCAGAUAUCCUUGCUGUUUAUGCAUGGGUUGAUCCUGCAACUGGUUAUUGUCAAGGUAUGAGUGACCUGCUGUCUCCUUUCGUUGUUCUCUUUGAGGAUAAUGCUGAUGCUUUUUGGUGCUUUGAGAUGCUUUUAAGGAGAAUGCGUGAAAAUUUUCAGAUGGAAGGACCAACCGGAGUGAUGAAGCAGUUGCAAGCAUUGUGGCAUAUCUUAGAACUCACAGACAGGGAUAUGUUUUCACACCUGUCCCAUAUAGGUGCCGAAAGCCUUCAUUUUGCAUUCCGGAUGCUGCUGGUACUCUUCCGUCGGGAGUUAUCUUUUAAUGAGGCUCUUUCUAUGUGGGAGAUGAUAUGGGCUGCUGAUUUUGAUGAAUCAAUGGCCUACAAUUUAGAGGAGAACUGUCUGGAAGCAUUAGUAGUGCAGCUUCCAAGGGAUUCUGGCCUGGAAAUGAGAGAAGAAAGCACAGAAAAUGAUAACGGUACUGUGAAGGGUAGUGGCUCACAAUUAAAUCAUGGAAAUGUAGAGCGCUCUAUGCCUGACAACAAUGGAAUGAAAUCAAUAUCAUCUCAUCCCUUUUGUGGCUUGACAAGGAAUUUCUGGUCAAAGAAUGAUCGUAUGCAAAUCUGCGUUAUCUCUUCAACUAGGAAUGGACAUAAUGAACUACCAGUCUUCUGUGUGGCAGCAAUUCUUAUUAUGAACAGUCAGAAAAUCAUAAGAGAAACUCAUUCGUUUGAUGAUAUGAUAAAGAUAUUCAAUGAUAAUAUGCUGAAGAUCAAUGUCAAAAGAUGUAUACGCACAGCAGUAAAACUUAGAAAGAAGUAUCUCUACAAGCUAAUCAAGAGAAAGAGCCCUCCAGGUCGGAAUGAGGACUAGGGGUUUUUCCAUUUUGCAAAUGGGUAUACACUCAUGGAAACGCACACAAAUUGCACUAAGUAUUUAUAGACCGGGAUUCAAAAUUGGAGAAAAUGCUGUCAUUUGGAUUUCCUG